GGCUCCGCUCCGCCUCGCCAGCCCCGAGCCGGGUGCCCCGGCCGCUCCUCCCGGCCUCCGCAGUCCCGGCCCGGCGGGCGGCAGCGGUGCCCCGCGAUGCUGCAGUGCAAACACGCGCAGGAGUUCAGCUUCGGGCCCCGCGCUCUGAAGGACGCGCUCAUCUCCACCGACCCCGCGCUGCAGGAGCUCUACGCCAAGGCCUUCUCCAGGGCGGAGAAGCUGUUCCUGUCCGAGGCCUACAACCCCCAGCGCACGCUAUUCUGCACGCUGCUCAUCCGCACGGCCUUCGACUGGCUGCUCAGCCACCCCGAUGCCCCCGAGGACUUUGAGACCUUCUACCACGCCGUGCUGAGGAGGAAGCAGAACUUCUGUCGAAAGCACAUUUACCUGCAGCCCAUAGAUUUAAUUGAAGGGCCUGCUGGGCUCUCACUGCUGGAUUCCCUCCAGAGCUGUGUGGAGUCUUUUUUCCUGGGUCUGCGUGUGAAGUGCCUUCCCUCCAUCCCAGUCUCUUCCAUCCACUGCUGCUUCCGCCACAGCCGGGACUCGGACAGGGUGCAGCUCCACGCAGAUGGGAUCCUGAAUUUCCUGAAGAACAACAAGCCCAUGGAUGCACUGUGUGUCCUUGGACUUACCCUGCUGGACCUUUACCCAUGUGAGACCUGGAGCUUCACAUUCAGCAAAUUCCUGCCAGGACAAGAAGUGGGAGUCUGCAGCUUUGCCAGGUUUUCUGGGGAUUUCCCCCAGGCUGGUUGUAGCAGCUUGAACCCACCCACGCAGAAGGAAGAGCUGUGUGAAGUCAGCAAGGAGGGCAGAGACCGGACCUUGCAGUUCAGCGCCCAGGAGAUGGUCCAGUGCUGUAAGGUGACCUGCCACGAGAUCUGCCACCUGAUGGGGCUGGGGACGUGCCGCUGGCUGCAGUGCAUCAUGCAGGGUGCCCUGAGCCUGGACGAGGCCCUGCUGCGGCCCCUGGAGCCCUGCCCCAUCUGCCUGAGGAAGCUGCAGCACGUCGUGGGCUUCAAACUCAUCGAGCGCUACAGGAAGCUCUAUGCUUGGACACAGACUGUGCUGUCCACGUGGCCAAGGCAGGAGUCAGCAGAGCUGUCUGCCUCAGAGGACAUCCCCCCGUUCAGCUCUGACUCUGGGAUGUGCUGUGAGAACGACUCCGAGGCCGUGACCUCCCUGUCGGAGCCGCUGACCCCCGACACCUGCAGCCAGGGCCUGUCCAUCGGGCUGGAGCUGGAGCAGGACGAGCAGCCGGGCUCACUGCCGGAGGCACAGAGCCAGCCCCGGCUCCCUGGGCACACCAAGGCCACGGACACCAUCAAGGAUUACGAGCUGUGGCUGGAGAUGUGCAUUGCUGCCCUGGAGAGGAACGUCUCUGAGGAGGAACUGGCUCAAGUGGACAAGACCGUGGAUGCCCUGGCGAAGUGGGAAAUGUUUACAGGCCAGCUGCCUGCUAUGAGGAAGGACCUGCCCUUUGCUAGGGACAGCACCGGGCUACGCAAAGUUCUCGGGGACAAAUUUUCCUCCUUGCGGAGGAAGCUGAGCUCCAGAAAACUGUCCAAGGGGGAGUCAUCCCCUCAGCGCUGGCGGUGGGAGGACAAUUAGGCUGGGGCUGCCUUGGGCCAGCUUUGCUCACACCACUGCCCGGCUUCCAGCCUUCCUCACCCCAAGCUGUUGCUGUCUCAGAGAAACAGCAGCUCCCCACAGGAAUAAAAGGUGUUUUGUUUUCUGACAUUGCUAA